UGUCGCUUUCUUUGAUGAAUUCAAGGCAACAAGUUUGGGACUUACCCAAAAAGAAAAGAUGGGUACUUACCAAUCAGUUUUCUUUCAUCUUCUUUUCCCCACUUUAUCUUCUCUGUCCCAUUAAAAUACUUUCCGUUCUUUAAAAAAAAAAAAAAAGAUCUUCAAAUUUUGGUUAUUUAUCAUUAUUUCUAGUUUAGAAUGGUAGCAUAAAAACUUUUGGUCCCAAAAUAUCUCUCAGUCUUGAACUUGGUUCAUUAAAUUUGAGACUUUGAGGCCAAAUUAUUGUGAAAAAAAUAAAAUAAAACUGACAAUGUCAUGGAGGGAAAGGGUAAAAAGGCGUGUAAGAUUAGGAAACGAGGGUGUUCUUCAUCGUCAUCAUCAUCUUUGAUCCAAAAAUACAGAUUUAAGCGUGCAAUUUUGGUGGGAAAAAGAGCAGGAUCAACUACCCCUGUUCCUAUAUGGAAAACAGGUACAACAAAGUCGCCUUCUUUAGCAAUGCCAAGUGCUGAAUUUCCCACCAAGGGUUCACCAAAGGAAGCUUUAGUUUCUGCUAGAAAACUUGCUGCCACUUUGUGGGAGAUUAAUACAAUCCCUUCCCCACAAGCUAAGGAGGAGUUGGAGAAGAAAGAUAGGAGGAGAAAAGCGCCUAGAGUUGCAAAAAUGGCUCAUAUUUUGCCCCCAAAUUUGUCUGAUCCGUCUUAUAGUCCUAUUUCAGAGAUGGAUCGAGCAAUGAUCAAAUCUGAUAGGAGAAGAGCUUCAGUUGUUUCUCAAAAGCUUCAAGUAAAUGAUUAUAAGUUGGGGAGCUUGGACUCUGCUGGCAAUGCUAGUGUGAUGGAGAUUGAAACUCAUUCUAGAGGCAAAAAUCACAAUGGAUGCAUAAUUGGAAUUAGAAAUCGUUUAAAGGAUGUCAGUUAUGGCCUAGCCACUUCUAAAGAACUCCUAAAAGUUUUGAAUCGUAUUUGCGGUCUUGAAGAGCAACAUUCAUCGAGCAUGUCCCUUGUCUCCGCACUACGUGUUGAACUUGAUAGAGCUGGCAUCCAAGUAGAUCAAUUGAUCCGAAAGCAGCGAUCUAAUCGCAAUGAAAUUGAGUACCUCGUGAGUCAUUUUGCAGAAGAAAAGGCAGCUUGGAAGAGAAAGGAGCGUGAGAGAAUUCGUGAUGCCAUAGCAUGCAUAGCAGAAGAGCUUGAGGUAGAGAAGAAACUCAGGAAGCAAACAGAGAGAUUGAACAAUAAGCUUGGAAAUGAAUUGGCAGAUACUAAGGCAUCUCUGUCAAAGGCAACAAAAGAGCUUGAGAGUGAGAAGAGGGCUAAAGAAAUACUGGGGCAAGUAUGUGAUGAGUUGGCCAGAUUCAUUGGAGAAGAUAGAGCCAUGGUUGAAGAACUAAAAAGAGAGUCAGCUAAAGUGAGGGAAGAAGUGGAGAAGGAAAGAAAAAUGCUUCAGUUUGCUGAUGUAUUACGAGAGGAGAGAGUCCAGAUGAAGCUUUCUGAGGCCAAAUAUCAUUUUGAGGAGAAGAAUGCAGUUGUCAAAAAGUUGAGAAAUGAACUUGAGGCCUACCUAGGAACCAAAAUAUAUGAAGAAAAUGGUGAUGGUUCUCCAAGUCUGCAGAGGAUCAAAGAGCUUGAAGCUUAUUUGAAGAAUAUUGAUUUUGGAUCCUGUCAAGCAGCAAAGACAGAUGUGGAUAAAGGUGAAGUUGCGGAUGGAGAAGAGUGUGAAGCAGAUGACUCAGCUGAUAGUGAUCUUCACUCUAUUGAAUUAAAUAUGGACAACCAUGAUGGGAGCUACAAGUGGAGUUAUGCUUGUGGAAAUUAUGCUGAAGGUGAAUCGAAGAGGAUUUCUGUUGAAAAAGAAAAUAACGGGAGGAAAUCUCUCUCUGAGAAAAUUUCAUGGGGAAGUAUUUGCUUAGAAAGAGGAAGUUCAAAUUCUACAGAUUGGGAUUUUGGCCUUAAAAGCCAGGUAAAGUUAGAUGGGUUUGAGGGAGAUCGGACAUACAAUCCUGCUUCACAAGUUCAGGCACUGGAUUAUGAAGAUGAAAUUAAAAGAUACAAAUCAGUCAAGAGUCUUAGAGAUCACAUAUUAUCUAGUAAUAAAAUUGCACCCAUCCAAAGCUUUUCCAGUCCAAGCCGGCAAUUGAGCCAGUCCAUGCAUUUUCACGAGCCUAGCAGCACAGGCUCACCAGUGUUAAAGGGUGAUGGUUUGAAGCCUAAUCUAGCCUGCACAAGAGGUGAAGGCCGAAUUUGAACUUGGGAGUUUAACUCUAUUGUUCAUGCAGUGAUCCCUAAGAAGUAGUAUCCGGCAGGUCUAGAGUUUGAAUCUUAGCACCUGCAAUCUCAUUCUCUAUGUUUAGGCUGUGGCCUCCGACAAAAAAAAAAGCCAAACUUCAACAAGCUAAGAGAGAAGAAACUGUUUAUUUUUCUUUUCCUUUCCUAACUAGUGCUUUGUUGCAUUUUCUUGAAAUUCAAACAUUCUCACUGGCUAAUUUGUUUAUGUUGAUCAAUUCCCCAACUCCAAAAAAUGAGACUGUAAAUAGACUCUUGGGCUGUAUGAAUCUGGUACAAUCCAUGGAUACAGAUCGUGCUAUGAAUAUGGUAUAAUCCAUAUUCUUUGAACUUCAUUCUUUGAUUAAUAGCACUUGGAAGCCUGGUUUUAACCUUUCUGUUCUGCUCUAUUCUCAAUUUAUUUGUAUUUUGGGUUAAAUUCAGACAACUAAAUGUCUAACAAUGAUGACCAACCACUACUCAAUUAUGUAGUGGUUAAGACUUCAUGCAUGUUCGAGACAGGUUUAAGACUAACCAUUU